AUGGAUGAGUUCGCUGGAAUGGACCUUGUUGACGUGAUAAGAGGAGGAUAUGUGGUGCUAGCUGCGAGUGUUAUGGCUGUUAACAGCCUCAAAUUCCUCCGUGACAGGUUCAUUUCAUACGGUGCCCGGACUCUGCCAGCAGCCAAGCAGUCCAGUAGCAAGCCCGCUACGGUGGCCACAGCCUCUCCAUGGAGUAGCAUUACCGGGAUGUUGAACUGCAUGGCAACUUGGGGUGUGCCGCAUUCCUACUUUACCCAUUUCUAUUACUGCGCUGUCGGUGUGGCGUUCUUCUGGUGGUAUCAGCUUCUUGCCAGAGGAUGGGCUUUUAAGCUCAUUGCAAGCAUGGUUGACCAUGAAAGCAGGAAGAAUUCAAUGUCCUUCAACCAGAUAUUUCUCUGCUGGUCACUGUUUACCAUCCAGGCCUGCCGUCGACUCUAUGAGUGCCUCUCGUUUGUUAAACCCUCUCAGGCAAGGAUGCAUGUCGGGCAUUGGCUUUACGGAUUUGCCUAUUACAUUGUCAUGGGAAUAGCCAUCUGGAUUGAAGGAACAAUUACUCUGCUCUCAACUAAUAAGCCAUUGGGCAACGCUGCCAUGACCGCGCCAUCCCUGAGAUCUUUGAUCUUCAUCCCAGUGUUCAUAUUUGCUUCUGGAAUACAGUAUGACUGCCACGAGUACCUGGCAUCUCUUGUUAAAUACACCCUCCCGGUACAUCCUGCAUUUGUGAGCAUAAUAUCUCCACACUACACCGCAGAAUGCAUGAUAUACCUUUCGUUAAGCAUUCUGGCUGCACCUCCGGGGUCAAUAGUCAACAAAACCAUCUUCUCUGCCGUGAUUCUCACUGCCGUGCAGCUGGGGACUUCAGCAGCAGCCACUAAGAAGUGGUACGGUGAGAAAUUCGGAAGGGAAAAGGUUAAAGAUAGAUGGACCAUGCUACCACUUAUAUGGUAG